CAAGCCCCCCAUCGCGACGCGAGAAGGCAGCCAGCCAAGCCACACUCGCGCGGGCACGCCAGAGUCGGUCGUACGUCGGGGGAGAGGCCACACACAAGGUCGCAACACAAUCCAAGGCCUUCCCCCGCAUGCACGCCGGCGAAGCGGCCGGCGUCCUCCUCAAAAACCAAAUCCCCCGUCGAACACAAGCGUCCGUGCACCAGUCGAGCGAGCCUUUUCGAUACCCCCUGCGACGUCGGCGUCGAUCCGGCCUGAGCUUGUGAUGGUGCGGCGAUUCCUGGGACGCGGCCAGAGCCUCGACAGAUUCCUACCGGGGCGCCGAGUCAUGACAUCCAGCCCGUCCUUCUCGUCCUCCUCCGCGUCGCUGCGGUCGUCGUCGUCGUUGUCCUCACAGUGCAGCACCAGCGGCAGGGGAAGCAUGGCGGAGGAGCAGGAAGCCGUUGUUGCGCCACUGCCGCCGGUGCGGAAGCGGGUGCUGUCGAGGAGCCACGGGUCCAGGUCCGCGCCGGUCCGGCAACUCCCGCCAAAGAACGUCGGCCGGGACGCCGGACCGCCUUCAGAAAUGGAUUUAAAGAAAGAGAGAUUCGCCAAGCUGUUGCUCGGGGAGGACAUGUCCGGCACGGGGAAAGGUGUCUCCUCCGCUCUGGCUCUCUCCAACUCCAUCACAAACCUUGCAGCUUCGGUGUUCGGGGAGCAGCGUCGCCUGGAGCCCAUGUCAGCCGACCGAAGAGCGCGAUGGAAGAAGGAGAUCGACUGGCUUUUGUCAGUCACGGAUCACAUCGUCGAAUUCGUUCCAUUGGAACAAGUGUCUGAGGAUGGGACCAGCAUGGAGGUGAUGGGCACCCAACUGCGGAGGGACAUUCUCAUGAACAUCCCCGCCUUGCAAAAACUCGAUGCAAUGCUCCUCGGGUAUCUUGACAGUUUCAAGGAGGAACAAGAGUUUUGGUACGUGUGGAAAGACGCCAACGAGAAGGAGAAGGGCGAUGCACCAAGAGACGGUGAGAAAUGGUGGAUCCCAACGGUGAGAGUCCCUCCCGAGGGUCUCUCUGACCAGUCGAGGAAGUGGCUCCAGCACCAAAAGGACCUUGUGGGGCAAGUGCUCAAGGCAGCCAUGGCCAUCAAUGCCGAUGUCCUUGGAGAGAUGGAGAUCCCAGAAGAGUACAUCGAGGAUCUACCCAAGAAUGGGAGAGAAAGUCUCGGAGACUCCAUAUACAGAACAAUAACCGAUGAUUAUUUCGACCCCAACGGACUCCUGGAUUCCAUAGACCUGUCGACGGAACACAAGAUAGUCGACCUCAAGGACAGAAUCGAGGCCUCCGUUGUCAUCUGGCAGAGGAAACUCUGCAACAAGCUGUCGUGGGGCCCCGGCGUGAGCUUGGAGAAACGCGAGCAGUUCGGGGAGCGCGCGGAGACCGUCCUGCUCAUCCUCAAGCACAAGUUCCCUGGAAGUGCCCAGUCAUCGCUUGACAUAAGCAAGAUCCAAUACAACAAGGAUGUUGGGUUUGCCAUCUUGGAGAGCUACUCCAGGGCUCUCGAGAGCUUGGCGUUUGCAGUUCUGUCACGCAUCGAGGACGUCCUCUACGCCGACACCGUCGCUCGCGAUCCAAGGCGCUCGAAAUCGAGGCGGCGGCCUAGUAUAGAGGACGACAGCCCCAAAUCUCUCGUUGCCGAUGACGUGGAGGCCACUUCGGCCAGGUCCAACGAUUCAUUUUGCUGGCAGGAGCUCGAGGACAGGACCUUGGAUUCCAGUGGUGGCAAGUUGAAGAAGAUUCCCCGUAUCGGCACCAGGAAAUUUAUGCACGUAGACAAGGUCGAGAUGAGCGUGUGCAGUGUUGGUGGCGGAUUAAGAAGCUUUUCUCAUAGAUGAGACGGGCAGGGGCAGCUUGCGUUGCGUGUGCAUGGGUGUGCUUUGAUAGGGAGCCACCUGAUGAAGAGAGGCGCCUGUAAAAUAGCUCAGAGUUAAGUGAGAGGAAGUGACGUAAAUUUCGUUCUACUCAUCCCAGCUGAGCUGCAAUGGAAUUAGCACUACUCAACUGAGUAGCAUUUUUGGUUGGCAUGAAACAUGAGUAGUAUGCUUGUUGCUUAACCACCGAAAUCUAAAUAACUCAAAACCACACAAACCGUAAUUUUCUUCGACAUGCUCGUUAAGACAUCACCAUGAAAAAAAUCACACAAACAGUAAUCUUCAAAAGGUAAUGAUGACUCACGCAAAUACCACCCAACCAUUUUCCUUCCAAAAUCCCAGAAUGUUUGCAGCGCGCUAAUUUGACUAGGAAACCCUGAAGUCAAUGGCACUGCACAUAGUCACAUAAA